CAUCCUGCCCAGAAUCCGGCAAUCGGCAGUGCAUGUCGCGAGUUUGCUGCAGUCGUCACGCCACGUGUGUCCGUCGCCCUCUUAUAAUUCUCAAUCGGUUUUUGUUUCUUUUUUCGGGGCGGUUGCCCGAAUCGUAGAACUCGGUUACUGGGUGAAAACUGCACGGCAACAGCAGCAGCUGUGGCAGCAUCAUCAUCAUCACCAUCAUUCUCCUCCUCUUGGCAAAAACAGCAACAAUAACAGUUGCGUUUGAUGUCAAAAGUUCAGCAUCGCAAGCGACUUCCCAGUUAUAUAUACACGAUAUAUCUCGACACGCGCCUGCUUUCGAUCCAACAUUGUGUUUACCUCUUAAUGUAGGUCAGAAAUUGGCAUAAAUUGUGCAAUGGCCACAGACUAAUCGAGAAAACUCAAUUAAAAGUGAAAAGCUGCAUCUCAUUGGAUAAUCCAGCGGAUGGGCAAAAGUUUGCCAGCUAUAGUGGAAAGUGUUUAAUCGAUAGUGAAAAGCGGAAAAGUGAAAAUCAAUUGUCACUGCCUGUGCAGCAUUUGUGGUAGUUAGAAAUCAGCAAACUAGUUACCAGUAUUCAGUACUCACUCGCAUCCCAAACGGUGCCACAUACAGUCAACCCCCGUGGUGACUCACCCAGCACCCUUAUUCGCACUCCCUUAUUCCCAUUUUUUGAGUGCCAAAGUCUUUGCUCCAGUGCAUUGCACUGCAAUUAACCUAUUGAGGAGUUUGGCCUGCAGUUGGGGACCCCGAAAUGGAUUUCUAUGCCAACAACAAUCCGGUGCACUCGGCCAGCACGGUGCGCAAAAUGUUGGAGGACACCCAACUGGUGUGGGUGCGAGAUGCCGCCGAGGGCUAUAUACAGGGUCGGAUCACCGAGAUCGGCGCCAAGGAGUUCGAGGUCACGCCCACCGAUCGGAAGUAUCCGAAGCGCACGUGUCACUUCGAUGACAUCCACUCCUCGUGCGAUGGACCCCAGGAUCACGACGACAACUGCGAACUCAUGCUGCUCAACGAGGCCACAUUUCUGGACAAUUUGAAAACACGUUACUACAAAGACAAGAUCUACACAUAUGUGGCCAACAUUCUGAUUGCCGUGAAUCCGUAUCGUGAGAUCAAGGAGCUCUACGCACCCGAUACCAUCAAGAAGUACAAUGGUCGUUCCCUGGGUGAACUGCCUCCUCAUGUCUUUGCUAUUGCGGAUAAAGCCAUACGGGAUAUGCGAGUGUACAAGUUGUCCCAGUCGAUCAUUGUGUCCGGAGAGUCGGGCGCCGGCAAGACGGAGUCCACAAAAUACCUGCUCAAAUACCUGUGCUACUCACACGACAGUGCCGGUCCCAUAGAGACCAAGAUACUGGAUGCCAAUCCCGUGCUGGAGGCCUUUGGUAACGCCAAGACAACCAGAAACAACAACUCCUCGCGAUUUGGAAAGUUCAUUGAGGUGCACUACGAUGCCAAGUGCCAGGUGGUCGGUGGUUACAUAUCGCACUACUUGCUGGAGAAGAGUCGCAUCUGCACGCAGAGCGCCGAGGAGCGAAACUAUCAUGUUUUCUACAUGCUCCUCGCCGGAGCUCCACAGCAGCUGCGGGAUAAGCUGAGCUUGGGCAAGCCAGAUGAUUAUAGGUAUCUGUCUGGUUGCACACAGUACUUUGCCAACGCCAAGACGGAGCAGCUAAUACCGGGCUCACAAAAGUCGAAGAAUCACCAGCAGAAGGGUCCGCUAAAGGAUCCGAUUAUCGAUGAUUACCAGCACUUCCACAACCUGGACAAGGCCCUGGGCCGCCUGGGACUCUCGGAUACUGCGAAGCUAGACAUAUAUUCGCUGGUGGCAGCUGUGCUCCACCUGGGCAACAUUGCUUUCGAAGAGAUACCCGAUGACGUGCGCGGCGGCUGCCAGGUGUCGGAGGCCUCGGAGCAGUCGCUGACUAUCACCAGUGGGCUGCUGGGUGUGGAUCAAACAGAGCUGCGCACCGCUUUGGUGUCCCGAGUGAUGCAGAGCAAGGGAGGCGGCUUCAAGGGCACGGUUAUCAUGGUUCCUCUAAAGAUCUACGAGGCAAGCAAUGCUCGGGAUGCCCUGGCCAAGGCCAUCUAUAGUCGACUGUUCGACCGCAUCGUGGGCCUGAUCAACCAGAGCAUUCCCUUCCAGGCUUCAAACUUUUACAUCGGCGUACUCGAUAUCGCUGGCUUUGAGUACUUUACGGUGAACUCCUUCGAGCAGUUCUGCAUCAACUACUGCAAUGAGAAGUUGCAAAAGUUCUUCAACGAUAAUAUACUGAAAAACGAGCAGGAGCUGUACAAACGCGAAGGGCUCAAUGUGCCCGAGAUCACUUUCACGGAUAACCAGGACAUCAUCGAGCUGAUCGAGGCCAAGUCGAAUGGCAUCUUCACGCUGCUCGACGAGGAGUCCAAGCUGCCGAAGCCCUCGUACUCGCACUUCACCGCCGAGGUGCACAAGUCCUGGGCGAAUCACUACCGCCUGGGUCUGCCGAGAUCCUCGCGACUGAAGGCCCACCGCACUCUGCGGGAUGAGGAGGGCUUCUUGGUGCGCCACUUUGCCGGAGCUGUGUGCUACAACACGGAACAGUUCAUUGAGAAGAACAACGAUGCCCUGCAUGCCUCGCUGGAGGGUUUGGUCCAGGAGUGCGAUAAUCCCCUGCUGCAGACCCUCUUCCCCUCGGGAAGUAGUACUUCGGUUCGUGGAAAGCUCAACUUCAUAUCCGUGGGAUCCAAGUUCAAGACUCAGCUGGGCGAGCUAAUGGAGAAACUGGAGCAGAACGGCACCAACUUUAUACGCUGCAUCAAGCCCAACAGCAAGAUGAUCGACCGACAGUUUGAGGGUAGCCUGGCGCUGGCCCAACUCAAGUGCUCGGGCACCAUUUCGGUGCUGGAACUCAUGGAGCACGGUUAUCCAUCGCGUGUUCUCUUUGCCGAUCUCUACAGCAUGUACAAAUCGGUGCUGCCGCCGGAGCUCGUUUCAUUGCCAGCUCGCACCUUCUGCGAAGCCAUGUUCCAGUCCCUCAAUCUGAGCGCCAAGGACUUCAAGUUCGGCAUCACCAAGGUCUUCUUCCGGCCGGGCAAAUUCGUGGAGUUUGACCGCAUCAUGCGCUCUGAUCCGGAGAACAUGUUGGCCAUUGUGGCCAAGGUCAAGAAGUGGCUGAUUCGAUCGCGUUGGGUCAAGUCCGCUCUGGGAGCUCUCUGCGUGAUCAAGCUGCGCAAUCGGAUCAUCUACCGCAACAAGUGUGUUCUAAUAGCCCAGCGUAUUGCCCGUGGUUUCCUGGCUCGCAAGCAGCAUAGGCCGCGCUACCAGGGAAUUGGCAAGAUCAACAAGAUCCGGACCAACACUUUAAAGACAAUCGAAAUAGCCAGUGGCCUGAAAAUGGGUCGCGAUGAGAUCAUUAGCGGGGUAAACGAUAUCUACAGGCAGAUCGAUGAUGCCAUUAACAAAAUCAAGAUGAACCCACGCAUUACCCAACGGGAAAUGGACUCGAUGUACACCGUGGUCAUGGCCAAUAUGAACAAGCUAACAGUUGAUCUGAACACCAAGCUUAAGGAGCAGCAACAGGCCGAGGAGCAGGAGCGUCUGCGCAAGAUCCAAGAGGCCCUGGAGGCCGAACGCGCCGCCAAGGAGGCGGAGGAGCAGCGCCAGCGCGAGGAAAUCGAAAACAAGCGACUCAAAGCGGAGAUGGAAACUCGGCGAAAGGCCGCGGAAGCUCAGCGCCUGCGCCAAGAGGAGGAGGAUAGGCGUGCCGCCUUGGCGCUGCAGGAGCAGCUGGAGAAGGAGGCCAAGGAUGAUGCCAAGUACCGGCAGCAGCUCGAACAGGAACGCCGCGAUCACGAGUUGGCCCUGCGUUUGGCCAACGAGACCAACGGCCAGGUGGAGGACAGUCCACCAGUUAUCCGCAAUGGUGUCAAUGACGCGUCUCCCAUGGGUUCCAACAAGUUGAUCAGAUCGGAAAAUGUUCGCGCCCAACAGCAGGCGCUGGGUAAGCAGAAGUACGACUUGUCCAAGUGGAAGUACUCGGAGCUGCGUGAUGCUAUAAACACGUCCUGUGAUAUUGAGCUGCUGGAGGCCUGCCGUCAGGAGUUCCAUCGCCGCUUGAAGGUGUACCACGCCUGGAAGGCAAAGAACCGCAAGCGCACCACCAUGGAUGAAAACGAGCGUGCCCCACGCAGCGUCAUGGAAGCUGCCUUCAAGCAGCCGCCUUUGGUUCAGCCAAUCCAGGAGAUUGUGACCGCCCAGCAUCGCUACUUCCGGAUUCCCUUCAUGCGGGCCAAUGCGCCGGACAACACCAAGCGCGGUCUGUGGUAUGCCCACUUUGAUGGCCAGUGGAUCGCUCGCCAGAUGGAACUGCAUGCGGACAAGCCGCCAAUUCUACUUGUGGCCGGAACGGACGACAUGCAGAUGUGCGAGCUCAGUCUGGAGGAGACGGGUUUGACACGCAAGCGCGGCGCCGAGAUCCUGGAGCACGAGUUCAACCGCGAGUGGGAGCGUAAUGGCGGCAAAGCCUAUAAGAAUUUGGGUGCCAAGCCGAAUGGGCCAGCUGCCGCAAUGCAGAAACAACAGUAGACCCCCAAUACAAUAAAAAGGCACUGCAUUAAUCAAAUACGUUGCCGUUCCGGUGGUCAAUGGGUCAAAAUUGGUAACUAACGAAACUCGAAAAUAGGUUUUUGUCAGUCAAAUUUUACUGAAAGCGACCACGUCCAUAAAACAUUUUUAGUAAAUAUAACACUCUUCGAUUAGAAAUGUGAAAAUUUUAAUUUGGAUUCCGAUCCCAUUUGCCCAAUCAUUUUGUGCGCGCCCGGACUGUUUUUUGGGGGCCUUAUACACUUAGCUAUACAAAUAUAUAUCUUUAAUUAAGUGAAUCUUAUGAUGUAAAAGGAAACGGCAAGUUGUAUUUAGUAUUUAACUAAUUACUAUUUAAAUUGUGUAUUUAGUUCACUGCGAUGUAUUUACAUAAUUGAAUAUAUAUUUUACAGUAUUUUAAAAAUAAAUAUUUGAAGUGAAUAA